UAUAUUAUUUAUUUAAAUUAUUUAAAUAUAUAUUAUGAUAACUAUAUUAAAAUUUGAUAGACUUUUACAUUUGUUUAUACUUACAGGAUAUGUUUAUGCUCAAGAAGAUGAGAACAUUGAUGAUAUUGUUGAUGUAGAAGGCGAAGAAGGUAGUAUAAUAACUGAUGAAGAAACAGAAGAAGAUACUAAUAAUGCCUCAGCUGAUGCUGAUACAACAAUACUUUUUACAAAACCUGUUCAUAAUACGUUGUCUACUCUUGAAUUGCCAGCUGGAAAUAUAGUAGAAUUUCUUGUGGGUUUCACCAAUAAGGGUGAAAAUGAUUUUGUUUUGGAAACGUUGGAUGCUUCCUUCCGUUAUGCUAUGGACUUUAAUUUUUAUAUUCAAAAUUUUUCUACGUUCACAUUUAAUAAAGUUGUGAAGCCCAAGCAUGAAGCUACUUUAGCAUAUUCUUUUAUACCAUCUGAGAGUUUCUCUGGAAGGCCGUUUGGUUUAAAUGUUAACUUGAAUUAUAAAGAUGCGAAUGGAGUUUCUUACAAUGAAGCAGUCUUUAAUGAAACCGUACAAAUUAUAGAGAUAGAUGAUGGUCUUGAUGGAGAAACUGUAUUUCUUUACGUAUUCCUUGCUGCAUGUGUUAUAUUGACCCUUGUAGGAGGUCAACAAUUGUUAUCAUCUCUGGGACGCAGAUCACGUUCUUCUACUACUCGUAAAGUACCUGUAGAAAUGGGUACAUCUAAUCCUAACAAUGUAGAUUAUGAUUGGCUGCCAAAGGAAACUCUCAACAGAAUUAAUAAAUCUCCUAGAACUCCAAAGCAAAGCCCAAGACAAAGGAAAACAAAAAGAACUGGUUUUGAUGAUUGAAGUAUAUAUUAAUAUUUAUAUGUGUAUGUUAUUUAAAGUUAAUAUAGAAAAAUCUCUAUUACAUUGCAAUAAUUUUUGAAAAACAAUUCAAGAUUUUUUAAUCUCUUAAUUAUGAAAUAGAAUAUAUAGUUUCAAUAAGUAAUACAGAAUAUUUCAGUUCCUUAAUGAGUUAUUAAUCAGAUACUAUAUAUAGAGAAAGACAUACACACUAUUCUGUAAUAUUACAGAAUACGUUAAACUUUAUACAUGUAUGUUCAAUAGAAAGAAUGGUACAAUGAUACUCAAUGAUUUGUUUUUGCACAAAACCCGUACAUAGUCGCAUAGUACUUAAGAGUUAUACGUUUCUUUUUUGAGAUUAAUUAUUCAUUUUUUUACAUAAUGUUAUCACCACGAAUAAUACGUAUGUUUUUCCGUGCGUGUGUGCGCGCAUGCGUGCAUGUAUGUGUACGUGUACAGAACAGAUAAAAUCUGAUUAUUUUGUAAUUAUAUUGUAUCAGUAUAUAAAAAUUCAAUAAAAAAUUUUUUAUGAAGA